AUGGCGAGCAGGCGAGGGGAGGAGGUCUAUGGGGACGGGCUGGAGGAGGAGUACAUCAACAUGGACCUGAGCCCCGCGGCGGGGAGGGAGUUCGAGUUCCACUUCCACAUGUCCGCGCCGCUGGACAGGUCGGGCCAGCCGCCGCUCGCGUCCCCGGCCGACGAGCUCUUCUACAAGGGCAAGCUGCUGCCGCUGCACAUGCCGCCGCGCGUCCAGAUGGUCGAGGAGCUCCUCCUCGACGGCGUCCGGGCCAGGGCCGGGCCGCGUCUCGGCGGCCUCGCCGUCAGCACCGCCCCCGCCACGCCGUGCGAGCGCUCCCGCGGCGUCUCGCCGGCCAACUCGUGCUUUGUCAGCGGGGAGCUCAACGUGGAGGAGUUCUUCCGGGAGUACGCGGCCGGCAUGGCUCUCGCCGACGACGACGACGCCGCGUCGGCGGCCGGCGGCGAGAAGAAGCCCUGGUCCAGGAGGCUCCGGUUCGUCAGGCAGCUCAACCUCGGCCGCCAGCUCAAGGCCUCCAAGGCUUACCUCAAGACCAUGUUCGCCGGGAAGCAAGCCGGAACCGGCGGCGACGACAAGCACGGUUUGGGUGGAAAGGAUCUCUCCGGCCAUGGCCACGGACAUGGCCACCACCCCCGGGCGUGGAGGAAGAACCCGUUCGGACACAUCAGAAGCAACAGGUGCAUCACCGAGCAGAGCGGCGGCGGCGGCGGCCGCGCCGGGCACCGGAGGUCCUUCUCCAGCGUCGUCGUCCGGUACUCGGCGUCCAACAAGACGUCCCCCACGCCGGCGCCCCCGUCAUCCUCGUCGUGCUCCUCGACGUCCUCCUCGUCCAAGUCCUCCACCUCGUCGUCGGUCCGGUGCUCGAGCGACUCCGACGGUGGCGCGGGGGCGGGGGCGCCGACGCUGAGGAGGAGCAGCAGCGCGAGCUCGGAGGCGGAGAACCCCAUCCAGGGGCUCAUCGCCUACUGCAAGAAGUCCCAGCAGCUGGCCUCGGUGCGGAAGAGCGCCAGCGACGCCGGGUUCCGGUUCCUGUCGUCGUCGGCGGCGUCCAAGGUCGCCGCGGAGUCCGAGGGCCUCGACGAGCUCAUCGAGAUCUGCAGGGUGUGA